AUAUGCACAGACAUACUGAAGGAACUUGAAGCCACAGAUAACCAAAUCUUGAAAACUCUGGAAACCAAACUUGCUAACAGUGAAGCUCAGAUUGAGAAACUCCAAAAGGAAAUCCGAGACAAACCAAAGGUGGCAUUUUCAGCUGCAUUGGGAUCAAAGGGUUAUGUUGGACCAGUAAACGCAGAUACAACACUGAUUUACAAGAAAAUCUUCAUUAAUGUUGGUGAUGCCUAUAAUCAGGACACAGGGAUUUUCACAGGAGUUUAUUAUUUCAGUUUCUUCUACCAUUGUGCAGUUGAAAAUCCAACAUGGUUGGCCUUGUAUAGAAAUGGAAUGCAAGAAGCAAUAACAAAACAUCACAAGAGUCAAUGUCAUACAGAGAACGGAGGCAAUGCCUUAACGCUGCAGUUGGAGAAAGGGGAUCAAGUCUAUAUGGUACUCCUAAAGAACUCCUGGAUCUGGGAUCAAAAUAAUGUCACAGUGUUCAGUGGUUUUCUUAUCAAUGCCAUCUAA